AUGGAGAUGGAUCGUUGCGACGUUCUCCGUUUGUUUGAGUUGUCGUCGUCGUCGUCCAUGGAGAGAGGAGCGGGAAAGAAUUCGCGUUCCAAUGUCAUAUUAUUGGCAUUUUUGUCAUCAUUCAUCGUGCUGUUAUUGUUUUACUUUCAUUUUGUAGUCCUUGGAGGCACUACUGUAGAUUAUCAAACUCAACUUCAAUCCAUCUCUGAUGAUAAUAAUCCCCAAUCUAUUGAUCAAUCUAGUAGUAGUGCAUUCACUGAUGAUCUUCCAACAAGUCCAUCUGUAGAAUUCCAAUCUGUUUCUCAGCAGCAGCAGCAAACCCUAGCUACUAAUCAAUAUUUAGAUGAUGAACAAAUUCCUGUUACUCAUCCAAAUGUCAAUGUCUCAGCAUCGCCUGUUAAUCGUUCAACUACUAGAUUGCUGCCUGAAAAACCAGACAAGUACGCGUUCAUGAGUGCUUUGAGGAGUAUGGAGAACACGAGUGAUUCAUGCGGUGGUAGGUACAUCUAUGUGUAUGAUCUUCCACCUAGGUUUAAUGACGACAUGCUUAAGGAUUGCAAAAGUCUUAGUCUAUGGACUGAUAUGUGCAAGUUCACAACUAAUGCUGGUCUUGGUCCUCCACUUGAGAACCAUGAAGGCGUGUUCUCGGAUACGGGAUGGUACGCUACCAAUCAAUUUGCAGUCGACGUAAUCUUCAACAACAGGAUGAAACAGUACGAUUGCCUCACAAACGAUUCUUCUCUUGCGGCUGCCUUCUUCGUACCCUUUUACGCAGGAUUUGAUAUCGCCAGAUAUCUUUGGGGAUACUACAAUAUAUCAACGAGGGACGCCGCUUCGCGCGAUUUGGUUGACUGGCUGGAGAAAAGGCCAGAGUGGAAAAUCAUGGGCGGGAAAGAUCAUUUCCUCGUUGCAGGGAGGAUUACAUGGGAUUUCAGGAGACUGACUGAUGAUGAAUCGGCUUGGGGUAGUAAAUUUUUAUACUUACCGGCUGCCAAGAACAUGUCAACGCUGGUGAUUGAGUCGAGUCCUUUUAACUCAAACGAUUUCGCCAUUCCUUAUCCCACCUACUUUCAUCCAUCAAAAGACUCUGAAAUAUUUGCUUGGAAGGAGAGGAUGAGACAUUUGGAUAGGAAAUGGCUUUUCUCUUUCGCGGGAGCCCCACGCCCCGGUAAACUCGAAUCGAUACGUGACCAGCUGAUUGAACAGUGCCGGAGCUCCAAUGUUGGAAAGCUGUUAGAGUGUCGUUCCGCGGAGGAGAGCAAGUGUCAUUCUCCAAGCAGUAUAAUGCAGAUGUUUCAGAAAUCUGUUUUCUGCUUACAGCCACAAGGUGAUUCGUACACGAGAAGAUCGGCUUUCGAUUCGAUGUUAGCUGGUUGUAUACCAGUGUUCUUCCAUCCGGGAUCGGCGUAUGCACAGUACACGUGGCAUCUUCCGAAGAAGUUUACGAAAUAUUCAGUGUUCAUUCCAGAGGAUGAUAUUAGGAAGGGGACAGUGAGUAUAGAGGAAAAGCUGAGUGAAUUUUCAAGGGAGGAAGUGAAGAUGAUGAGAGAAGAAGUGAUAAAUCUGAUUCCGAGGCUAAUAUACGCUGAUCCUCGGUCGAAGCUGGUGAAACACAAAGACGCGUUUGAUGUGUCUAUAGAGGCGAUCAUUGAGAAAGUAACGAAAUUGAGAAUGGAUUUGGUGGAGGGAGGUGGUAACAGAAGUAAGGAUGAAUAUCCGGAGGAGUUAAACUGGAAGUAUGCUUUAUUAGGCGACGGCGAUGAUGAUGAUCAGCAGCCCCAUUACGAGUGGCAAACAUUUUUCGAUAAUCAUAAAAUUGAUAUUGAUACAUCAUCAUGGAAAAGCAAGCAAAGAUAAAAUAAGCAUCAUGUAAGUAAAGUAUAGAUAUGAUCAACUUUUUGUUUUGAUUCAUUUAUACUU